GGUGGAAUUCCUCUUUUCGUGCUCCAGUCGUGCGCUGACGGUUGGCAGGACUGCUUCGCGUUGCGCUUCCAUGGCAACACGCGACUUUCGCCGAUAAACGCGAGUGCGGAUUUCAAAGGGCCGAACGCAGUUGGCGUGUUUCGGGUGGCGACGCUGUGACAGUUGCUGUGAGUGGAUUUCUUUGUUAAACAAUGUGUUGGAGAGUGUUGUGAUAUGAGAAUCUGAGGAAAUGACCAAGUUCAUGGAUAUAGUGUGGGUUUGCUUGGGGGUUCUGUGCGCCGGGGAGUACGCCACAGCCCAGUACCGCUCCCCGCGGAUAACCGAGCACCCCUCGGACAUCAUCGUGGCGAAGAACGAGCCGGUCACCCUCAACUGCAAGGCCGAGGGCCGGCCCGAGCCCUCGAUCGAGUGGUUCAAAGACGGAGAGCCCGUCCGGACUUCCCCGACCGACAACAAGUCCCACAGGGUGCUGCUUCCAGCCGGCUCGCUCUUCUUCCUGCGGACCAUGAACAGCAAGAAGGAGCAGGACGCGGGCGUGUACUGGUGCGUGGCCCGAAACAUCGCAGGAUCGGCCGUCAGCAGGAACGCCACAUUGCAAGUAGCCGUUCUGCGGGACGAAUUCCGGGUCGUACCGACGGAUACAAGAGUGGCCGCUGGUGAGACGGCUCUGCUGCAGUGUGGGGCCCCCAGGGGACACCCCGAACCCAACCUGAACUGGAAGAAGGACAACAAGGUCCUGGAGGUGGACGGGAGGAGGAUCCGGAUCGUGGACGGGGGGAAUCUGAUGAUCGUGGAUGUGAGGGAGCACGACGAAGGGAGAUAUCAGUGCAUAGCGCAUAAUUUAGUGGGAUCCAGGGAGACUCCACCUGUCAUGCUGACAGUACACGUGAAGCCAUCCUUCAAUAAAGAACCGCAAGACGUGGUGGCCCUCCUGGGCAAGAAGGUAGUGUUCCAGUGCUCUGUGGACGGGGAGCCCGACCCGAAUGUGCUGUGGAGGCGCGAGGACGGCAAAAUGCCCAUCGGAAGGGCGCGCAUCGCGGACGACAAGUCGCUGAUUAUAGAAAACGUGCAACCUUCAGACGAGGGCAUCUACAUCUGCACGGCGGAGAACCUGGUCGGAACCAUCACGGCCAAAGCCUCCCUCGUAGUGAACUCUCCUCCGGUUUUCAUCGACAAGCCGCGCGACCAGAAGGUCGGCCUCAACGGCGUCGUCGAGUUCCAGUGCUCCGCCAAGGGCAACCCUCCGCCGUCGGUCUUCUGGACCAAGGAAGGCUCCCAGCUCCUCAUGUUCCCGGACACUUCCUACGGCCACAUGCACGUCAACGGCCACGGCACUCUCCGCAUCCAGGGCGUCCAACGCGAAGACGCCGGUUUCCUGGUCUGUUCGGCCUUGAGCGUUGCAGGAUCGAGCAGCGUUCGGGCUUUCCUGCAGGUCACGUCGGUUGCUGAUCUGCCGCCGCCAAUUAUACAAAUUGGGCCGGCCAAUCAAACUCUGCCUUUGCACAGCAUGGUGACUUUGCACUGCAAAGCCUCGAGUCCCGAGGGGGAGCAGCCGAAGAUCAGGUGGCUGAAGGACGGGAAGGUGCUGCAGCAGGAUCGAUUGCCGGACAGAUACACGAUCAGCGCCACCGGGACGCUGGAUAUCGACGAUUUGCGUCUCGACGACUCGGGUCUUUACACGUGCUCGGCGACCUCCGAGAGCGGGGAGAGCUCGUGGUCGGCCUCCCUCAGCGUAGUCGAGGGUUCGUCCGUCCUCCUACACCGCAGCCCCGACCCUUCGACCUUCCCCAAAGCCCCCAGCAAACCGCGAAUCGUGAACUCGACCGAAUCCAGCAUUGCGUUGUCGUGGGACAGCGACCCCGGCGACCAGGGCCUGGUGGGGUACACGGUGGAGUACUGGAGUCCCGACCUGCAAACGGGCUGGGUGGUGGCGGCCCAUCGGGUCUCCAAUCACAUGGUAGUGCGCGAACUCAAGCCCGACAGCAGCUACAUGUUCAUAGUGCGGGCGGAAAACGCCCACGGACUGUCCCCGGCGAGCCCGGUGUCCGCGAUCGUGAGGACUUUGGCAAAUUCGAGGGCCGUGUCCGGGUCGGAACUGGACACGGCGAGGACGGUCCUCGGGGCGAAGUUGGUGGAGUUGAGGGAUGCGAGACCUGUCACUAGCAGCUCGGUCAAGUUGACGUGGAGCCUGACGUCUCCGGAUUACGUGGAAGGGUUGUACAUCAGGUUCAGGGAGUUGUCGGGGGGUUCGCACAACUACAACAUCUUGACGGUGCUCGACGUGGGCACCAGGAGUUACACGGUCGAUAACUUGAAGAAGUACACCAAGUAUGAGUUCUUCAUUUCGCCGUUUUACAAGUCGGUGGAGGGGCAGCCGUCGAAUUCUAGGAUCGCGCAGACUUUGGAGGACGUUCCUUCGGCGCCCCCCGAUAGCGUGAACGCGGGGGUGUUCAACGACACGGCGGGGUGGGUGAGGUGGUCGCCGCCACCUCCCCAACACCACAACGGGGUGAUCAUCGGGUACAAGAUCCAGAUUCGAGGCAGCAUCGUCAGGACCCUCACCAUGAACUCGUCCACGACUUCCGUUCUCAUAAGCAACCUCACGUCCGGAGGCUCCUACAACGCAAGAAUCGCCGCUCUCACCCGCGUCGGCCCUGGUCCCUACUCCCCCCAAGUGCCUUUGCUCACCGCCCCCCGCGCCCAGAGUCCGCGCACUCUCGGCCCCUUCGUCCCUCUCAUCCAGCAGACCUGGUUCGUCGUCCUCCUCGCCACCUCCAUCCUCGUCGUCCUGGGCAUCGGCGCCGGCCUCCUCUACCUCAAGAAGCGCCAGUCCCUCAACAAGCAACUCGGCCACCUCAACGUGCCCGUCGUCAACGCCACCCAGCUCAACGCCAAGGACACCCUCUGGAUCGACCGCGGCUGGCGGCAGGCCGAUUGCGACAAGGAUUCCUCCAUCCCGCUCGCCCAACCCGCCGACUACGCAGAGGUGGACACUCGCAGCCUCUCCACCUUCUACAACUGCAAGAAGUCCCCCGAGAACCCCACGCCGUACGCCACCACCAUGCUGCUGCCGCCGCCCAACUGGACGGAGUUCAUCCCGCCGCCGCCCGACCACCCGCCGCCCGAGUGCCCCCGCGAGAACCCUCCGGUGCCGCCGCCGCGCGGCGGCAGCAGCUGCGGCAGCGGCUACGCCUGCUACGCGGUGCACAUGCCGGGCCAGUGCGCCAAGAUGCAGCAAUACACGCGCGGCUCCUGCGGCAAUUGCGACGCCCACUGUUCCUUGGCCAGCGGCAGCUCGGGGCGGCGGUCCACCCCCAGGGGCCACUGCCACCCGCCGCAUAACUGUGAUAAUAAAGUGUGGAGCAACCAACACUGGGAGGACGGCGACGCGGACGUCGAGACCGACAGACAUUCUUGCUCGAGCAGUCACGACACGACCUGCUCGUGCAGCGAGUCCUCGUGUUUGUACGCGGAGGCGGGGCCGUCGAGCAACCCGCGGCCGCCGCUGCCGCACUGUCAGAUGAAGAGGUGCGCGAAGUAAGUGGCGAACUGGGGGCUCUUUGGACCUGUGACGUGUGCAUUCUUAAAGACAUAUCGGACUGCCGGUACUUGCAUAUCAUGGGGCGUCUGUGAGGCCCGUGUCCUAAGCGACUGUUAGUCCAGCGGAGGGCGACCUGCGCACAGACUCGGGGGAGGGGGCGUUCUUGCUGGACUAUUAGUCCGACUAGUCCUAGUUCUUUUCUACAUAUUUUUAGUUACCAGUAAGUCGAAUGUGUCUUCCUGUUUUAACUAGCACAACCAGGCCCGGUCCUGCAUUUGAAUUCGUUCUCGUGUCAUAUAGCGACUCAGCAGUAGCCCGUAAGUACCAUGAGUGUUUUACGUUUCGUUGCUUUUGUAGAUAUUGCCAAAGAACUGCCUAGACCUCCGGGUCCCAUAAUCCAAUACAAUCUCAGACUGAAUUCCUAUACUUCUUUAGCAAUACUUAUGAACUUGUAAGUAGGGUUUUAUAUUAUCGAUUGUGAUUUAGACUUAAAGAGUAUUUAAACUUGUAUAUACAUUGUGAGCUUGUACAUACAUUGUUAUACCUGUGGAGACCACUCGGUAUUUGUAACUUUUUGUAGAAAAAAAAACAACGUAAAUGUAAGAUAAAUAUUGAUGUAGAUAUUUAUUAUUUUCCUGUUAUUUAUAAUUGAAUAAACGGUACUUAUGCAUA